UGUUCUUUUAAUUAGAAAUAAAACUUCAUGAGAGCACGUUGGGAUCUUAUUUAAUUUUUCAUUAACCCAAUCCGUUUAAUUAGAAGCAAAACUGCAUGCUUAAUGGCCGCCAGACUGAGAAGACAAUUUCUUUGUUUAUUUGCUCAGGAACACACUGACCUGAGGCUACAGGAAUUGAAAUCAAUAAUAUCCAUUCUUAAUGUCAACGUUACAUUCAAUGAAGCAGAUUAUACAAAUAAAAGUCCUUUCCUAGUACUCAGUGCUUCAUCUGAUGAGGAGGUUCAAUCUAUCGCCAGGAGAUCAGUACUCAUUAAGAGUGUGUACCAGCUGAUAGGACGGGGGAAUUGUUACGAUAGUUUGAAGACAUGUCUCAUGGGACUCCCAACACAUGUCAUGGAACCUUAUUCUAAACCAGGUUAUACAUUUUGUGUGAGAGUCAAGUCUUUCAAUAAGAAACUGAACACUUCAUACAUGAUAAAUGCAAUUGAAUGGCUCUCAUUCCUUCCCUUUGCUGGUAAGGUUAAUCUCAGUGAGCCAAUGCAUGAGUUCCACCUCCUGGAGGAUUAUGGAGAAAGACAGGACAAACCUCCUGAGCAUCCUAAGCAAAUAUUCUUCUGUAAACUGUUAUCGAUAGGUCAGAGACAUUUAAUAAGUACCUAUUCACUGAGGACAAGGCAGUUCAUUGGUAAUACAUCAAUGGACCCUCUCCUCUCACUAGUGAUGGCUAACAUGGCACAAGUCUCACCAGGUAAACUGGUUUAUGAUCCUUUUGCUGGCUCAGGGAGUAUACUGAUAGCCUGUGCUCAUUAUGGGGGCUAUGUACUGGGAUCUGAUAUAGACUGGACUAUAAUACAUGGGAGAGGUAAAUCCUCCAGGUCAUCAAGUGCUGGAAAGUGGAGAGGACGUCAUGAAAGUGUUAGGAAUAAUUUGUCCCAAUAUUCACUAGAGCAUCAGUACAUUGAUAUGAUGGUCUCUGAUGUGUCCAACUCAGUCUGGAGAGAGAAAGAAAUCAUUGAUGCCAUUGUGACUGACCCUCCUUACGGUAUUCGUGAAGGGUUGAGGUGUAUUGAUGACACUCUAACAUCAAAAGAAGAGGAGGGACAAUUGAAAGAGAUCAAGUAUAACUUGUCAGCAGUUAUAUUUGACUUACUCAAACUGUCAGCAAGACUUCUAGUAAAAGGAGGUAGACUAGUGUACUGGCUGCCAUUCAUCGGGGACAAGUUUGAUCCUAGUUACAUUCCUAAGCAUCCUUCCCUGUCUUUGGUCUCAAUGUCUGAACAAUGUCUAUCACAAAACUUUGCAUCAAGAUGGCUGAUCACUAUGGAGAAGACACUGCAGUUUAAUUCAUCUUUGGAAAAGGAUCUGGUUCAUCCUGACUUAACUCCGUUUGAUGAUUUUAGAGAAAAGUAUUUUCAAAAGAAAUAAAUCAUUACUAAUGCUGUAAUGCACAACAAUUAUUAAAUAUUUAUUAUUAUUUAAUUCAAACAGAAUAGUUUCACUUUGUUUCCCUCA